CCUCCCCGAGGUCACAACGAAUGAGCGAAACGCAGAGGCGCAGAAGGGAUUUGUUGUUCAUGUACUGUAGUCUCCCGUAGUUCAGCUCGGGGAGGUUAUAGGUGGUGGCCCGACAUAACGACAUAACAGGAGUCUCUGGUUACACGGUUACGUUACGAUUUAACUUAGUUGCGUCUACUCUCCCCACGGGAAAAAAUGUAGUAGCUCCUCGUGCUUUAGGCUUACUGUGAAAACCGGAGACCUCGAGAGCGCGUCUUUUUUUGGAACUGUCCGCGCCUAGGAAGAAAUCAAAACAACAAUGCAGAGUGGCACCAAUAUAUCAGAUACAGCCAAGGAGUUAUGUGACGCGGUGUCAGUGUCUUUAGGUUUGAGUUCGCAGUUAAACGAGAUAGUGGAUAAUGGACGGAGCGGCCCUGCCUUCUCUGCAGACAGCGGCCCAAAUCAUGGAAACCAUUUUUCAGUCUCCGAGGAGUCAUCUCCAGAGUUUGGAGCUGGCGCAAGUAUGACCUCAGAGUUAACCACCCAGAUGCAGAGGAAAACGAUACUUAAAUCAAAUGAACUCAGGCCAUCGUUCGAGGUACAUCAAGACAUUUGUGGACAAAAUUAUGUCGGUUUUUUACAGACCCUGGAGCGCGAAAGGGACAGCGCAUGGAAGGUGACGAGGCCUAUGCACGAGUUGGAAAUGGCCCGAGGUCUCCGUAAAAACUCGGACAUGUUCGUGAAUCUGGAUAACGCUAAUGCGCUCUCGGUGCCCUCUCAGUUUGACGAACUGUUACCUUUAAGUUCUUCAUUCCGUAAAGACGCCCCAGACACGUUAUUCGGUAGGGACACGGUAGGGACACCAGGGCACGAGGGACCCUGUCCGGUGGCGGGUGGAUCUUGGUUCUGUAAAUAUUUGGACAACGGAAAUUGCAUGUCUUGUGGAGCACGUAAAGUCUGUCCCCCUGGGGUUAACUAUCAGGACUAUGACCAUGGGAUGUCACAAGAGGGUCAUGUCCAGGAGCAAAGUUACCAAAGUGUGAUGCAUGAAAGCGGUCUUCAACAAGUGUAUCACUCCGCUAUCAAGAAGGAGAGUUCUGGAUGGAUGGGUGCUGACUCCAGACUGAGAUGUGAGGAUAUGUUGCCAGUGUAUUUCUCUGACCGGAGGGUGUGUAAGGUAUGUGGAGACGAGGCGUCAGGCUGUCACUAUGGAGCUGUUACCUGUGGGAGCUGCAAGGUGUUCUUCAAGAGGGCUGCAGAGGGUAAGCAGAAUCACCUGUGCGCCAGCCGUAACGACUGCACCAUCGACAAGCUGAGGAGGAAGAACUGUCCUUCCUGUCGUCUCAACAGAUGCUUCCAGUCUGGAAUGAGCCUCAAAGGCCGGAAGCUGAGGGGAGCUGGCCCGCUGAAAGGAGUAGUGGAGGGGGGAACACAGGCACCCGGCAAAGAGAGGACUGGAGAGAGGGGAGGAGAGAGGACGGGGGGACUACAGUUAUCCACCGUUUCCCCACAGGCACCCGGCAAAGAGAGGACUGGAGAGAGGGGAGGAGAGAGGACGGGGGGACUACAGUUAUCCACCGUUUCCCCACAGGCUAAAUGCUGUGCUGCCCGGCAGGCUCCCGCUCUUGGCCUCUCCCCCAGCCUGCGCCCCUCCCUCCUCAACGUCCUGAGUUCCAUCGAGCCAGGAGUGGUCAACGCAGGCCAUGACACCUCCCAGCCAGACUGUUUCGCCUCCCUACUGUCCAGCCUCAAUGAGCUGGGAGAGAGACAACUGGUGUCUGUGGUGAACUGGGCUAAAGCCAUGCCAGGUUUCAGAGAGCUGCAUGUAGAAGACCAGAUGUCAGUGAUCCAGUCUUCAUGGCUGGGGUUGAUGGUGUUCGCUCUGGGCUGGAGGUCUUACACAAACACAGACGCUAGAGAGCUCUACUUCGCUCCUGACCUCAUCUUCAACGAUCAGAGGAUGCGUGUGUCCAGUAUGUAUGAGCACUGUGUCCAAUUCCGUCUGCUGUCCCAGAGGUUCUGUAUGCUCAGAGUCACCCAGGAAGAGUUCCUCUGUAUGAAGGCUCUGCUCCUCUUCAGCAUCAUCCCUGUGGAGGGUCUGAGGAAUCAGAAGUGUUUUGACGAGCUGAGAAUCUCUUACAUCAAGGAGCUGGUUCGUCUGGCCAGCCAACACGGAGAAAAACACCACACACAACGUCUGUUCCAGCUAACACAACUACUCGACUUCCUACACCCGAUUGUGAGGAAGCUGCACCAGUUCACCUAUGAUCUGUUUAUCCAGGCCCAGUCUCUGCCCACCAGAGUCAGCUAUCCAGAGAUGAUCUCUGAGAUCGUCAGCGUUCACGUGCCCAAGAUACUCACAGGCAUAGUUCAGCCAAUCCUCUUUCACAAUGCACCUUGCUAGAGGGUCAUCCUAUCACAAUGCACCUUGCUAGAGGGUCAUCCUAUCACAAUGCACCUUGCUAGAGGGUCAUCCUAUCACAAUGCACCUUGCUAGAGGGUCAUCCUAUCACAAUGCACCUUGCUAGAGGGUCAUCCUAUCACAAUGCACCUUGCUAGAGGGUCAUCUUAUCACAAAACACCCUGCUAGUGGUUCAACCUAUCACAAAACUUCCUGCUACAGGUUCAACAUAUCACAAAGCUUCCUGUUACAGGUUCAACCCAGGGCAGGCCCUAGGCACAAGUUACUUUUUUUUAAUGGGGGGGGGGGGGGGGGGACUCAGUUGGGGUCUCAACUUUAUGUUGAGAGUUAAAGUAGAAUACACAAGGUGACAUAUUUUAAUUUGUUUGUGCAUCAGCAGUUUUUCUUUUGUAAUGUCAGUCUCUGAAAUGUACUCAAUUAGCCCAUGUCAGCAAACAUUUAUUUAGAUUGGUAAGUUAGCCUAGCCACCUUGUAGUAAUCAUGGCCAACUAUUGACCAGGCUCGCAUGUAUCCAGGCGUCUGACCUCCAGGGGGCCUCCAUUGAUUUUGUCAGUCACUCUCACUCAGAUAUCAUAUGAACAUGGCAUAAGUCAUGGCAAAAUGUGUAGAAUUGUAGGAAAUUUGCUUUAAAACUGAUCAUUUCUCUCCACCCCCUGACAAUAUUUUCUGGCUGCCCCAUUUGAAGAAAAAUGUGUAGAAUUUCAGAAAAUGUGAUUUAAAACCACAACAUUUUCUCUACGCCCCAUAGCUAAAUGUGUUGAAUUUCAGGAAAUGUACUUUAAAACUUAAAUUUGCUUUAUCUUUGCCGUCAAGGGGGGGACCACUAAAAUGUUUUACCCGCAUGGUGUGGGGCCCCAAAAAUCUAGGGCCAGCCCUGUUUCAAUAUAUCACAAAACACCUUCCUAGAGGACCAACCAUUGACUGUACAUGACUGGACAAAGCCGUCAAUGAUGUCACACCAUUAAUUCCUAUGUGAAGACUCAAUGUCGCAUUUGAAGGUUAGGAAAUCGGUUUUAGCUUGCUAAAAUGGCGUCUCAUGGGGAUAUGUAUGUGGACAUAACAUGCACAGUGUGAGCUACUCCAGGAAGGGACGUUGCAGGCUAGCUCAGUGCUGCCUGCAACGAACUUGAGUAUCUCAAGUUGAAGGCCGACCGGGGUACUGCAGGCUACCAUAGCAACUCAAUUAUCCUUAUAACUUCUUUGUACAAUUUUUUUUUUAAAUAUAUAAUCGGUUCAAGAACAUACAUCUGUUCUAAUAUAAGCAAUUAUUAGUAACAUGGUUGUUUCUGAAUGCAAAUUUUUUUUUCUCUCUAAUAUUGACGACGAAGAUUGCCAUUUUCCCAUUCACUAUAAUGGGAGAUCCUGCUUUCUAGAAACUACAGCCUUCAGUAUCGCAGUCGGCCUUGAACUUCAUGGCUUCAUGAAGAGGGAGGGGUCAGUUGGUCCCCCAACCCAUACUCUUCCUUUGUGUUGAUUACGUUAGACCCCCUGAUCUCAAGCUAGGGUUUGAUCCUGAAUGUACAUUUCAGACUGUUUUUCUCUUUUCAGUUUACUGUUGUAUACUCUUUCAUAGUUUCAGUAAAUGCAGUAGUAUGUUAAACACUGUCAAAAUAAGACAUAAUUCUUCUGAAUAACACAUCAUUCAUACUCUACAGACAUUUAUAUAUAACACAAUAUCUGUAAAUAUAAAAUGCAUUAUACGUUGCAUAUUCUAUAAAAACAAAUCAUACUUCAAAGUUCUAACAAAUUUAACAACCUAUAUUCCACAUCACUGAGGGCUUUAUUUAGCAUCAUGUGAUUUGUAUGUAAGUGUUCUAAGUGAGAGGGAAACAGACACACAGGCUGUAUCCAAAAUGACAUCCUAUUCCUUUUAGUGCACCACAUUUGAGUAGGACCCAUAGGGCUCUGGUCAAAACUAGUGCACUAUAUAGGGAAUAGGGUGCCAAUUUCUAACUCAAUCACAGUAAUUUUCCAUAAAAACCUUAUAUUUCUCCCUCAGGUAAGGUGUUACCAUCUAUAGAAGUAUUGAGCUUCGUCAAUACUUUAUCCUGUCUGAGUUCACAUGUCUACUUACCAAAUAAAUACCGUACCUCACUAUU